AUGAAAGAAAUCUCUAAUUUGGAACAGCAUAUCAAGUUUAAAGCGGUUACCCUUAUCUAUUCAUUAGGAAUGAAAGAUAUCUUUGCAGAUAUGUCCGUAGAAGAGCGCUAUGCAAGGGGCUCUGUGACAAAUGUCAUGCAUAUUGAACGUCCUCUUCGUCGAUCAAUCACUAACAUUGGUUAUGAUUACAUUCAGAAGGCUCUCAAGGAGGAACCUGAACACUUUCGAGUGAAGACUUCUCUAAGAGAUACUCGUUACAUAUGCGUUGAAGAAAUGGUGGCUACAUUUCUACUCGCCGUUGGCCAAAGUUCAAAAUAUUGUUAUACACAAGACACAUUUAAGCGAUCGGUGUUUACGAUAAGUGAAAAUUUUCACAAAGUUCUAAAAGCUUUAAAUACCAUAGCACCUGAUUUGAUGGCCAAAUCUGAAGUCACAACAUGUGCAAAGAUAAGGGAGAGCACAAGAUUUUAUCCCUACUUCAAGGAUUGCAUUGGAGCUAUUGAUGGCACACAUAUUUUUGCGAUGAUACCAAAAUCUGAUGUGCCUAGCUAUCGUAAUCGUAAAGGAUUUGUCUCACAAAAUGUCCUUGCUGCUUGUAAUUUUGAUCUACAAUUCAUGUAUGUUCUUAGUGGAUGGGAAGGUUCAGCUCAUGAUUCAAAAUUAUUAAGCAAUGCUUUAACAAGGAACACUUCUAGAUUAGAAGUUCCAGAAGCUUGUGCUGGAUUACACAACUUCUUACGUAAAGAGUGUCGAUCAGAUGCCUUUCCUGAAGAAGUAAGUAACCCAAACAAUGAAGAAAAUAAUUUUGAAGAGAACAUAGAGAUAGGUCCUSUUGAAUCUCAGCAAAGGGAAUAUGCUAAUAACUGGAGAAACUUGAUAGCAUCUAGUAUGUGGACAGAUGCAGUGGGAAGCGGAAGUAACCCAUGA